AUGCCAGCCAAAUCCACGAUCAAGACGAGGAUUUUGAUCCUAUCAGAUACCCACGGCAUGAAACUCGCCUCAAAAGUUCCAAGCACAACAUCCGUCGACGUGCUCAUCCACUGCGGGGACCUGACAGAGCACUCCCGUCUCGAGGAGUACCAUGCCUCGUCGCAUCUCCUCCAAAGCAUCGACGCGCCUCUCAAACUUGCCAUCGCGGGCAACCACGACCUGACCCUGGACUGGCCCGCCUUCUCUGCCAAGAUCGCCGAGGCCAAACUGGACCUCGAUUCCGAGCAAGUCAUAAACUCGUUUGGACGAGAGGGAGAUGCCCGCCGCAUCCUGGAGUCGGGCGGCGGCGUGCGGCUCCUCUACCAAGGCCGCCACGCUUUCACCCUCGCCAACGGGGCCCUCCUCACCAUCUACGCCAGCCCGUGCACACCCUCUGACGGCGGAGGCGCGUAUCAGUACCGGCGGGACGACGGGCAUGAUUUCGACGUCGGCGACGGCGGUGGCGCUGUGGACGUCUUCGUGACGCACGGCCCACCACGGGGCGUGCUGGACCGGACGAGCGGGCGCGAGCGAGCCGGCUGCGCGGACCUCUUUGCCGCCGUGGCACGCGCUAGGCCCAGGCUCCACUGCUUCGGACACAUCCACGAGGGUUGGGGCGGCAAGCUGGUGGCCUGGAGGGAGAAGCUGGCCGAGACGCCAUCCUUCUUCACCGAUAUCGAUAACGAACGGUCCGUCGUCGUCGAGACGCUUGCAACCUUGGCUGAUGGCAAGUUUGACGAUCUCGAGACGUCUACGCAGAAGGCGAAGCGGAGAGAGAUGUAUGCCAAAGAAAAGUCUUGUAGGAUAAGCUGCUGUUCGGGAGAUCAGCAUCCAUUGGUGGCUGGGAAACACACAUUGUUUGUCAAUGCCGCUAUUCAGGAUGACAAUGGUGGAGGUGAGGCAGCGGCUCAGUUGCCGUGGGUUGUGGACAUUGAACUCCCUGAAGAUAUUAUGGAAGAGGGAAAAGUAGGAAUGGAGACCAACCAAGUAUCAGGCUUCAAGACACGGCGGCUUUCAGGGGCUGAAGAUGCAUGCAAGAUGCCAGCAGCAAAGCGGCGGAAAGGAUAA